AUGUCAAUGGUCUUUACAGAGUUUGAUAACAUGUUGAUGUAUUCAUACCCUAGGGCCAGGAACGUCUUAGCUAAGGUGUUUUACCUUCCAUGGUUAGUAAACUUUGCAGGCCCAAAUUAUGGUCUCAUACUGGAGUUAGAUAGAAAUGGUCAUAUCACCAGGAGCUUCCAGGACCCAACUGGCAGUGUUGUACCUGGUCAUAUCAGUGAGGUUUAUGAUGAUGGUAACGUGCUCUACCUCGGUAGCUAUCAUUCUUCUUUCCUUGGUAAACUGGAGUUGAAAGACUGAUGUACAAAAGCUUUACAAAAAUCUCCAAGUGAAAUAUUUACAUUUUUGGAGCUCUACCUGGAUAGCUACUAGUCUCCUUUCCUUGGCAAACUGGAAUUGAAAGAUUGAUCAUGAUGAACGAUUGCAACACAAAAAUCUUAAAGUGAAAUAUUAAAUAACCCUGACGGAACAUUAUUACAGCCAAUUUUCAUUUUACUACUUUCUAGAUUAAUUUUUAACGCUGUCAGUGCUAUUCCUUUAC